AUGAAAGCCCUGUGUUCGCGCGUGCGCACGCUUCUCAUGGAGGAAUCCAAUAUUCAGCCUGUCUCAAGUCCAGUCACAAUAUGCGGAGAUAUUCAUGGGCAAUUCUGGGAUCUUCUUGAGCUACUACGAAAAGGCGGGCCGGUACCAGACACCAGCUAUAUUUUUAUGGGCGAUUUUGUGGAUCGGGGCCAUUAUAGUCUUGAGACUGUAUCUCUAUUACUCGCCCUCAAGGCAAGGUACCCUGAGAAUGUGACACUAUUACGGGGCAAUCACGAAAGCCGGCAGAUCACGCAGGUGUACGGCUUUUACGAUGAAUGUCAGCAAAAGUACGGUAGCGCAGCAGUGUGGAAGGCGUGCUGUUCGGUUUUUGAUUAUCUGAACUUGGCUGCCAUAAUUGAUGGUGAAGUGCUCUGCGUACACGGUGGGCUAUCGCCGGACAUCAGGACUCUGGAUCAAAUACGCGUUCUGUCUCGUGCGCAGGAAAUCCCUCAUGAAGGAGCUUUCUGUGACCUAAUGUGGUCUGAUCCCGACGAGGUGGAGAAUUGGGCUGUGAGCCCUCGUGGCGCGGGAUGGCUGUUCGGAGGCAACGUUACGCGAGAGUUCAACCACAGAAACUCGCUCAAGCUCAUCGCCCGCGCCCAUCAAUUGGUGCAAGAGGGCUUCAAGUACAUGUUUAAUGACGAACUCGCCACGGUCUGGUCCGCGCCGAAUUACUGUUACCGAUGUGGCAACAUGGCGUCAAUAUUGACCAUCCGCGAGAAUGGCGAGCGGGACUUCACGGUAUAUGGACCUGCGGAGGAGAACGAACGCGAUGCGGGCAUGCAGACGAGGAGGAUGGGCAACAUGCCGUAUUUCGUCUAA